AAGAAGAAGUAUGUCUUGGUUCACUCGGGAGGAUGCUAGCUUGUUAACAACUAACUUACAGGAGUAUUUUCUCCUCAUUCCACUGUUUUUAUUCAUGUCACUUUCAAAUUCAAAACCGCUGCUCCUGUUCUAACACUGUUAGCUUCUGUCAGCGGUUUGACCCUGUUAGCUACUGUUAGCUCCCGUUCGAUCCCGUUAGCUACUGUCAGAUCCCGUUUGAUCCGGAUCAGGAAAAGCGGUCGAUGUUAGCAGUUAGCGCGGCUCACAGCUAACGAGUGUGGAACAGAAUGAUGAAACGCAGCUGUAUGAACCAGGAUAGACUUAUAAUCUCAGAUCAUUCAGAGAGGCGGACUGAAGACAGAGCCUCUUUAUUGGACUGUCACACAGAUGUCCAACAUCUACUGGUGAUCAAAGAAGAGGUUUCCACUGAGAUGAUCACCAGUCCAGAUCAGGAGGACUUAGAGAUUCUUCACAUUAAAGAGGAGCAGGAUGAUCUCUGGACCAGUAUUGAGGAAGAGAAGUAUGAAGGACUGGAGAAGGCUGAUGAUGGGAAGUUCUCACUCACUGUUGUUUAUGUUAAAACUGAAGAUGAUCCAGAGAUUCCCCACAUCCAAGAGGAGCACGAUCAUCUCUGGACCAAGAAGGAAGAAGAGCAGUCUCUUGAGGAGGUUGAUGGCAACAAGUUCUCACUCACUAUAGUCCAAGUGAAAACUGAAGAUGAUGAGGAGAACCCCCAGUCCUCACAGCUUCAUCAAACUGAAGAGAGCAGAGAGGCGGAACCCCCAGCAACUGUCUCAGCACGACCAGUGAAAACAGCAGCUGGAGGAGAUGACGAGAUUCCAGACUCGUCUGAGACCGAAUACAGUGAUGACGAGAUCGGAGCUCCUGGCCAAUGUCAACCUCAGACACGUACGCCGAAAGUUCUGUCAGUAGAAAACUCAUUCGAUUGUGAUUUCUGUGGGAAAACAUUUACAAAGAAGACCAGUGUGAAGAGGCACAUGAUGGUCCAUACUGGAGAGAAACCAUGUAGCUGUGAUGUUUGUGGGAAAAGAUUCACACGCAAGUCUUUAGUCAAGAUGCACAUGAUGGUCCAUACAGGAGAGAAACCAUUUAGCUGUGAUGUGUGUGGGAAAAGUUUCACACAGAAGGGUUCUCUUUAUGUGCACAUGAUGAUCCAUAAAGGAGAGAAACAGUUUGAUUGUGAUGUUUGUGGGAAACGGUACACAAACAAGGGUAAUCUUAACAAACACAAGGUCGUCCAUACAGGAGAGAAACCAUGUCGUUGUGAUAUCUGUGGGAAAAUGUUUAAGCAUGAAAAAAGUUUUAAGAUACACAUGAUGGUCCACACAGGAGAGACCCCGUUUAGAUGUGAUGUUUGUGGGAAAAGAUUUGCAUUUGAGCGUUUUCUUAAGACUCAUGUAAGAGUCCAUACAGGAGAGAAACCGUUUGACUGUAAUGUUUGUGGGGAAAGAUUUACACGAAAGCGUAAUCUUGAUGUGCAUAUGGUCGUCCAUACAGGAGAGAAACCAUUCAACUGUGAUGUUUGUGGGAAAAAAUUUAUUCUCAAGGAUCAUCUGAACAAACACGCCGUGAUCCACGCAGGAGAGAAGCCGUGGAGCUGUGAUGUUUGUGGGAAAACAUUCACACAGAAGUUUACUUAUAAUAUGCACAUGAUGAUCCAUACAGGGGAAAAACUAUUUGGCUGUGAUAUUUGUGGGAAAAGAUAUAGAUUAAAGAGUUCUCUAAAAAUGCAUAUGGUGGACCAUACAAGAGAAAAACAGUUUGACUGUAAUGUUUGUGGGAAGAAAUUUACAAGGAAGAGUGACGUCAACGUCCACAUGGUGGUCCACACUGGAGAGAAACCCUGGGGCUGCCAUGUUUGUGGGAAAUGUUUUACACAAAAGGGUUCUCUUAAAAAACACAUGAUGGUCCACACAGGAGAGAAACUUUAGAGCGGUGGUGUUUGAUUCAGAGUGAUGUUAACAGACGCAUGAUGGUCCACACAGGAGAGAAACUUUAGAGCGGUGGUGUUUGAUUCAGAGUGAUGUUAAC